AUGGUGGUUCAAAGUCUUCGGAUCGGGCUCCAUAUUCUCCAAAAAAAGGUCAAUUUGACGCAUACACAGGCACCCCCCACAGGUUCCCAAAACGGGAAGGAGAGCUUCCAGGUUUGUCCCGGUACCAGGGGAAAAAAGCUUUGCUCAGGGACGAAGACGACGUUGUCCUCACUCAGCAGGCAGUGUACGCUUGAGGCGGCCCCUCAUUGUGUCUGUGUGUUUCAAGAGGGAGAUCGCAUUUGCAAGUUGAAAUGCCGAAACUUGGACGAGGUUCAAGCGCCGGCUGUGAAUGCUCUGCCUGAGUGCCAAUCGCAUUCAAAGCGUAUUCCUUGUAGGUGGUUGGAAGAGCGGCAUCACCGCACAGAACUGCCUCCAGCUGCUGAGGAUUAUUGUAGCUCUGCGGAUUGCGAGGAAACCACUGAUGCAGCAAAAGAAGCCACUCAGGGCGGUGCUGUGGAGCACCUCGAGUUCACGUUUAAACGAAGAACAAAUCGAGAGCAGCCUCAACCCUCCCUCGAGGAAACAGAUGGGGCGAAACAGCCUAAAGGUCAAAGCCAGUCAGGGACAAAACCACCAACUAGGCUCCAUACAGGAGCAUCACACAAUGCGCCGUUGGGGCAGAGUGGCAAUAAAACAUUUUCAAAGGUGCAAAUACACUCGCCUACAGCAUCAGAUAGGCCAGCACGGAAGGCACAACUGCAGCACGACCCGCCGAUUGUUGAAGAUGGCGCCAGGCUUUGUCAACAGAUUCAUGGGGGGCAGCAAACCAUGCAAAAUCAGGAAACGUUCCUUAGUUUGUGUGUCAAAGAGAGCAGCGUUUACUCCGCACCCGCCAGAAGCACACUUCCACGGCAAUCUGCAAAUUUUCUAAUAGCUGCAUGGGCGUUAUUUUCUCUUUUGAAGCGCAUGCAACUGACUGCCUUUCCUCUCAGUCCGCUCCUGGGUCCUUUCCCUUCGCCCUACAGCAACAGAAAUGCCCUGCAUCAUCGUAACGAGCAGCAAUCACCUUCUUGUACAAAGAGACAAGAAGAUGCUGACAUCCCUGGAAAAGGUUCAUGCGGCAUCCAGUGCUCUCUUGUAAAGUUGGGUACAGGGAGCAGCGAAGGCCCGGUUAUAUUUGGCUGUUGCAACAAAAAUGACUGCUCGGAAGUGGGAGAUACUGCGACCGGGCGUAAGAGCAAGUCCUUCGCUGCGACGCCAGCCGAAAAGCCAGCAAUAGUACUUGAACGUCAGAAGUUGUCCGCUCCAUCGGGUGAUUUUUGGGAGUCUGGGUUUAGUCUAACCAACAUUGGGUCAUGUGGUCUUUCCGCCACCGAGGCUUUUGAACGCGCCCCUGCAGCAGCAGCCAGAUCUGCAUCCGCACAUCCCCCCUCUAUAACGGGAAGCAUGAUUCAAGAUUCUGCCUGUUCGAAAGAGUGUUCCCUGGCUAUCCAAAUAAGUUGCUGCCCCCGGAGGUCCGUAGGGGGCAGUUCACCUGGGCGUUGUGGCUUAUCUGGGGAGAGUUUAGCUGACUCAGGUACUGUUCUGGGCGGAAGCCAUCUACAGGAGCACUUAGAGAAGACUGAACAGGACGUGCAAAACGCAGGCCCAAAAACAGGGCUGCAUAAUCCUCAAUCACGAUGCGUUUGCAUAACGCGGCAGUGCCCUACAAUCUGCUUUGCACAACGGGCAAAAGUGAGAUGCUCAUCAUCCCCCGGGUUGCUGACUACAGGGUCACCUGCCCUUGCGCAGCUAGCUUAUUGUUCACAAGAUGAGGCAAACGCUUUCCCCUGCCGCAGUUCCGGAAUACCAAACCAAACUCCUCUUACAGGAACCAAGGAGAGGAAUGCGCAGGCCAACGCACGUCAGUCGGCCUCGACUGCAAAUGAACAAGACCAGAAUAAUUGUACUUCAUUCCUGGGAGAAUCAAUGAAAGCUGUUCAAGCUGAAGGUGGAAAUGGUGAAACUGGUGGGUGUUUAAGGGCAGUGACGUGCACGCGCAGUCACGAGGAAGUGGCCUUGCCGAGCAAACCCGCCAUUAUUCAGGAUCAUCUCCCUUCUAGGAAACAGGAAGGAUUAGAAGAGGGACACCAGACAAAUAAGAGUGGACUUAUGUUUAAAAUAGGGAGUAAUGACGGGAAGAGCUAUAUGUUUUGCAAUGAGUCCCUUCCACAGCCUCAGCAGGUUCCUCACCGAAGCACUAGCAAGGAAGAAGGCUGCUCCUAUGAAUGUACAGAUGCAGCAGCAUUUUCAAAGGACACAUUUUCUCAUGAGAACGGUGCAAGUGGUGCUAGCAGAUUACCAAAGUUGAGAGAGCAACAAGACUGGCCCUGCGUUCAGCACUAUUAUGAUGGCUUACUCCAACCCAGACGACGCGCAACGGCAAACACAACUACGACGCGUGCAGCUGUGAAAGGAUUUCCUCGUGCAUGUGGGGGAAGCCCUCGCACUACGCUGCAACUGCCUUUAGAGAGUACGCUUGGUCAUCGGCCUCUUUGCGCAUCUUCGCCUGGCUGCCCUUUCUCAUCCUUCACUCCCUCUGAGCCGUUACACCUUCUUCGUGAAGGCAUGCGUUCCUCUAUAACUAGUACAGUUGUUUUGGAAGAUCAGUCUUCUUCCUUAUCGAACCCAAUGCAGAUGGAAGAGCACGCAACAACAGUUGAUGGCGCAGCAGUUCACUUGGCGUCCGGAAACUGUGCGACAAUGAAAGCAAGCGAUGUGGAUAGAAGCUGCUCAGUCAUUCCAUCGGGAUCAGGGUUUCUGCCACCGUCCGUAAUCUCCGUUUCGCCUGCUCAUAGUCCCCCAAUGUGUCCUUCUUCUCAUAAGUGUAUCCAAACAACAGUGCAAUGCGUCAUCCCCGGGAGUACCCGAUUUCCAGCGAGCAGCCCGCAAAAAUGCAGGUGUCUUUAUCCCACCAUAGCAACGUACUCACCACUCCGGAAAUCUUCCUCACGAGCCUACAUGGCUUCCAAGACGGCAUUCAACGGCCAAACAUUGGGGGAGUCAGCAGUAGUGGAAGACGUGAAGAUUGCCUGCCCAUCCUCCCCUCCUAGUACAGUUAUUCCGUGUCAUGUGACACAUCGUCGUACUACAGAGAAUCCAACAUUUCCUUUGGUGGUUAGGCCAAAUGACGAUGCCUCCGCGACCACGAAAAAUGAACGAUCCCACCGAGCUGAAACGAGCGAAUCUAGUAUGGAGGAUUGGAGAGAAGCUUCAGCUAACGACGCCAAGGAGCCGUCGCAACCGCAAGCUGCAAUGCCCUCGGACAGCAGAAUACCAAGCUGCUCUUCGGCAGCAAAAUCCCCCCAAUUGGGCGCUCACACCAACGCAAAGGAAAGCAAAAGCCCGCAGAAUUGCGAAGUCGACGAAGGGCUCUUGAACCCACGCAGAAUAGUUAGCGAGUCACCAAAAGAAUCUCGCCCAAGGCCAGUCCAGGGCGUGUCUUCUUCUGCCUUGCCUUAUGCACCGUGUGAAGAUCUGUACAGUAGCUCUCCACACUGCACGUCGGCAGGCCGAAGCCUUGCCAGCCGAUUCUUAUCACAUAUUCGUGAUGGCAUACGCCUCACUCGCCUUCGGCACAGGAGUAGAAGCGCCUCCAAAAUUCCAUGCACCACUUCGGUGCGCAACAACUCUACUGACUCUCGCGGAGCUGACUGCGAGGGAGCAAAAGGACUGCCCAGGUCGCCUGAAUCCUGCUUGCGUUUUCCAGAGCAAACAGCAGGACCGAAGAAAACUUCAGCUGUUCACGAGUCGUCCUCAGACUACAGUUCAUUCAGUUUUGGCAACUGCAGAAUAGGUAGUGGAGGUAUGAAUGACCCGACAACGAAGAUUUCACCGCUGCGUCAGAACCCCGCAAAAGUCGAGCUUAGUACUGAAGGGCUCGAGCAAAUUCCUGCAGGUGUGACGCGACAUACGAGUCAAACAACAACCUCCCAAUUUUCCCAAGCUCGUGGCACUGCUAAAGAUACAUUGCAACUUGGCGUUCCUGUUUUCGCCGAAUCGGCAUUCCAUAGUUGUUUUCCACCCACGGACGUGAGCAGUAAUCCACAUUCAGAGGACUUUAUGGCACUGGCAAACUACUCUAGAGAAGAUUCAAGUGGCACCUUGUUCUCUAGAAAUUGGACAGCUUACCCGAAGGCUGCGUCCCCGAGGUGUUUCUCUCGACAAGAAGAGGUGAUAGACGACGCUGGCAGGGCAACUGCCAGUUCUAGUUGCCCUGUUGACAGCUCGAGUAACUGGAGAGAAUCCACCAGCGCAGCCAUUAUGGACUGCUGCCACUCUACGGAAAUAUCAACUCCCCAUCACGAUGUACACACUAGCAGUGGUUUUAAUACUCCACGAGCGACGGACGCAUCCCUGGACGUCACCUCAGAAAGCAGCAAAAGUCUAGGAAGUUUCCGCGUGCAUCGCUCGGGAUGCCAUUUGGAAAUGGCAGAGCUGCAAAAAUGGCAGCACCUCCUAGAGCUUAACAGCAUUCUUCAGCGAUGGAGACGUUGA